AUACAACAGGUGUAGAUUUUACCAUGAAAUGCUCACUUGCAACAAUGCAGAGUUAAAAAGUAAGAUUUUUUUUUUUGCUAAAGAAAAAUAGUAACACAAUAAAUUAACAAUAACGAGGCUACAGUAUAUACAAUGAGUACCGGUACCGAGUCAAUGUACAGGGGUACAAGGUUGUUGAGGUAAUAUGUACAUGUAGGUAGGGGUACAAAUUACUAGGCAAUCAGGAAAGAUAAUAAACAGAGUAGCAACAGUGCAUGUGAAGAGUGAAAAAGUGUGAAAGUGUGUCUAUAUGCGAGUGUGUGGUGUUAAUAUGCAUGUGUGUGUUUUGUGUGAGCGUAUGUAGUGUGUGUGUGUAUGUGUGUGUGUGUAUGUAGUGUGUGUGUGUGUGUGGUGUUAAUAUGCAUGUGUGUGUUGUGUGAGCGUAUGUAGUGUGUGUGUGUGUGGUGUCAAUAUGCAUGUGUGUGUGUGUGUGUUUUGUGUGUGUGAGCGUAUGUAGUGUGUGUGUGUGUUUUGUGUGAGCGUAUGUAGUGUGUGUGUGUGUGGUGUCAAUAUGCAUGUGUGUGUGUGUGUGUGUUUUGUGUGUGUGAGCGUAUGUAGUGUGUGUGUGGGUGUGUGUGUGCAUGCAUGCAUGCAAAAAAGGGGGAGGGUGGGAUCAAUGUAAAAUGCGCCCAACACAAUGCACUCACGCACAAAAAAUAAUUAUUGUAUAAACUGUAAUGGGGAAGGCAUACAUCAUCUACUGUAAAACAUAAAUACAAAAAAAAAAUACAUCAAAUAUUUAACAACCUGUUCAUUUUUCUUUGUCACAUCUAGCUAACCACAUUACUGUCACACUCAGACAGAAACCCUUGUUUGUUUUAUUACAGAAGUAAAGUGACCGUUACUGCUUUCGAGUCCAAGGGUGAUUGAUAUAAGGAAGUACUCCCCAGACAAAAUCAUUAUUUCUUAGGAAACAGCAGUUGACUGCAGUGCAAAAUGAAGAGCUCGGGCUCCUCCAUCUCAGACAAUGAUGAUGCAUUGUUUAAUGAAAUGUCAACCGUAGGGCGAUCAGUAGUCUGUGUGAUCCUGGGCCUGUCGUUCCUGGUGGGGGUCCCGGGGAACCUGCUGGUGAUCUGGACCAUCCUGAGGCACGUCCAGCAGCGCUCCCACACCGUGGUGCUCAUCCUCCACCUGGCUGCUGCAGACCUGCUGGUGCUCAUCACCUUGCCCCUGUGGAUCUACUCCCUGGCCCGCUCCUGGGUGUUCGGGGAGGCAUCCUGUAAGGCCAUGGUGUACAUCAUCAACACCUGCAUGUACAGCAGCGUCUUCCUCAUCACCCUCAUGAGCGUCGAGCGCUUUGUCGCUGUCCGACACCCCUUUGCCUCAGCCGGCUGGAGGAGGAAGAAGGCCUUGAAUAAAGUUCUUCUUGUUCUGUGGGCUGCUGCGUUCCUAUUCAGCACCCCGGUCUUUCCCACCCAGGUGGUGGAGGGGGACCUUGGGGAGGAGCAUUGCCUGUACAGGGACUACACCUCAGACGGCCAGGAGGCAGUGUGUGUUCUACUGGAGACGCUGGUGGGCUUUGCUGUCCCCUUUUGCAUUCUUGUGGUCUGCUACAGCUGUCUCUACAGCCGCAUCGCACAGAUUACCUUUAAGUCCAAGCGCAAGUCCAUGGGGUUGAUUGCAAGCAUGGUAGUGGUGUUCGCAUUAUGCUGGACCCCUUACCACGUCGGCAACGUGCUCUCCCUCGUCAUCCUCACCAUCAAGGGGUCCCACCGAGAGGCCGCAGCGCGUAUAGAGAGCGUCAGAACCACCAUGACUUUCAUUGCUGGAGCACUCGUGUUCAUCAGUAGCUCGGUCAACCCUUUGCUCUAUGUGUUUGUGGCGCGUACGUUCCGGAGUUCCCUGAGGGAGACAGGCAUUCAGAAAUUGUUCUGGCACAUCUCAAGGACAGCUCCCGGAGAGGGGACUAAAGAACUGUUCUUUGUGACCAAGAGACCAAGCAUCUCUCAGACACAGAGCCACAGCUCCCAGUGUGUCACAGAGCCUAAGGAACAAAUGGAUGCACUUGUAAAUAUAUGUGAAAAUGUUUCUUCCUGAGAUUGAAAAUGAUGUAUAUCACAUGUUUUUGAUAGUUUUUUUUGUGAAGUUUGUUUCUAUAUGUUAAUUAACUUAAAAUGUAGAAUAGCCAUUGUUAGUAAUGUCUAUGUCAAACAUGAUGCAUAUAAAAACAUUAAAAUAGGUUCUGUAUAUCA